AUGGGUUGCUGCGAUUCGAAGGAAAAGGAGCCGGAGGAAAAUGGGGAACGGAAAUGCACUGAUGUUUUCUGGCUUUGCCUUUAUAUUUUAUUUUGGUGCUUAAUGGUGAUAAUUGCGGCGUUUUCUUUCGUGUACGGAAAUCCUCUCAGAGUUAUAAAUGGAUAUGACUCGUUUGGUAAUAUUUGUGGAACAAAAAACAAACCCAUUGGAAAUUUGGAAUUGUCAGGCUAUGAUACAACAGAUAGGCCCUAUUUGUUGUUUUAUAAUAUCCAGGAGCUCAAAGAUAGCUUAAAAAUAUGCGUAAAACAAUGCCCUAAAGAAACUUUGAGAAGUAUGAAUGAUGUGGCUGCAUACAACAGAAAAGGCAUAGGUUUAUGCAAAUAUAACUUUAAUUACAAUGAUUUAAGCAAUAAUGCAAGGGAUAAUAGUGUACUGAGCAGUUCAUUUGGGCCUUGUCCUGUUUUACCAAUUUAUGAUAGUAUUCCAGUAUUAAAUCGAUGUGUUCCAAAACCAGUAAAAGAAGUAGGGGAAUCAGUUUUACACAGUUUUUAUAGUCUUUUAAACAGUUGGGACGCUCUAGAACAAAUUUUAGGAGAUUUAUACAAAACAUGGAAAGAAAUAAUAGCUUUGACAUGCCUUUCUUUGGUUAUUUCGCUCUUAACUAUACUGAUUUUGCAUUGCAUGGCACAUAUUGUUUCCUAUAUAAUUAUGAUAGGAUUUUCCAUAGCCAGUAUUGGAGGUACUGGAUUUCUAUGGUACACAUAUUUUGAUUUAAAACAUAAUUUAGACAAAACCAAUGAAAAUAUGCUCCUGUUAGAAUCUGCUAGAAAUGAGACUGCAUUUUUUUGGUACUCAAUUGUAGCUACUGUAAUAACGGUGAUCAUACUUUUGAUUGUGAUUUUUAUGAGAAAACAAGUCGAUUUUUUGGCUAAUUUAUUCAAAGAAACAACCAAAUGCGUCAUGCAUUUACCCGGACUUUUUUUCCAGCCACUUAUUACUUUUGUUAUUUUGGGACUAUUUUUCCUUCUUUGGAUUUUUGUUGUGCUAUGCUUGGCUACUGCUUAUUACCCAGGCCGUACCGGUAUUUCCCCAACAGCUAGUGGGGGCCAUAUGGUGGCAACUCCAGCAACUGCUAAUAUCCAACCAGUUAACAUGACUUACACAGAAAAAAUUAAACUCACUGUAGUCGAAUAUGUAGAGCCAUCGUGGGUCAAAGGUAUGUGGUGGAUCUAUUUUAUCGGCCUAAUAUGGACUUCCGAAUUUAUAAUGGCGUGCCAGCAAAUGGUAAUUGCUGGCGCAGUCGCACACUGGUACUACAGGCACAAAUACAAGGAUAACUCGCAUUUAAGCUAUGCCAUUUGUAAACUCAUCAAGUAUCAUUUGGGAUCAGUUGCAUUGGGAUCUCUUAUUAUUACUGCUGUCAAGAUACCCAGAUUAAUACUUAUGUAUAUCCAUGAAAGAUUAAAGCGAAACAAAGACAAGGGGAGCGAAUGCGCCUCAUGCGGCCUAAAAUGCUGUAUUUGCUGUUUCUACUGCCUGGAAAAAUUCUUAAGAUAUCUCAACCACAACGCCUACACAGUCAUCGCUAUAGACGGUUCGAAUUUCUGCAAAGCCGCUGGAACAGCUUUCGAAGUGUUGACGUCGCACGCCAUUCAAGUGGCCACCAUUAACGGUUUGGGCGAUUUUAUUCUGUUUUUGGGGAAAUGUUUUGUGACGGCCGUCACAGGGUGCGCUGGCUUGGCUUGGUUCAGAAGAAACGCAGAGUUGCACUUUUAUGCCGCUCCGACGUUGUUGGUCUGCGUUUUUGCGUUCUUUGUCGCUCAUUGCGUCCUCUCACUCUACGAGAUGGUGCUUGAUACAGUAUAUUUAUGCAUGUGUCAAUCAGGGGAAGCCCCUGAUGGCAUUCAAAUGCAAAAUUUGGGUGUUACCAACAAUGGCAACACAAAUAAUACCAAUGAAUUGGAGCCGAUGAAUUAA